AUGGAUUACCAUUUAUCUCAACAGAGUAACACUAAUCACGCUCUCGAACCACUUUCAUCUGAUGAUGGCAGCGACGAUUUGCCCGCGUCCGGGAAGACGCCCGACAUCCUGCCUCCGGUAUUUCGUUGCCAUGAGCAUCGUUUCCCCGGUGGAUUGAAUACCAGCCACCCUCAUUCUCAUCAGCACUCGCAACAAAGUGCACACCAACAGCAGCGUCGACCAGUGCGCCUAACAGAUCGUUGUCAACAGGAUCUUCUAGUUUGUGUGCUCCACAUUAUUUCCUCCAUCUCAAUCAACCAACUGACUGGAUUAAUUCGAAGCUUAACGAUGCAAGAACGGAUUGCUUUUCUGAACAUGCUUUCGUAA